AUGUUUUGGAAGCUUGCAUCUCUUUCUGCUUCCUCCCCCGUGAUGGAAUUUUAUGAUUCAAUGCCAUACUUGAUGGCAGAAAGUUUUAAGAGGACAACUGAAGUGGCAAUCAAAGUGGAGGCAAUAUUAGACAGGGAUAAUUUCACUUUGGAGGAGCUUCUGGAUGAAGAGGAAGUGAUCCAAGAAUGCAAGGCCUUAAACAGUCGCCUUAUCAACUAG